AUGAGGAGCACGCUAACGAACGCUGGCCUCUCUGUGGGAGAGGAGAACCCGUAUGUGAUAUACAACGCCGUCCUCAAGACGAUCCCUAAGCACUCAGAAGACUACAUCGACCAGAUAGCCAUACGACUGGCAAACUGCAAGGUGGCAGACUACUCAACUCUCCAAGCCUUCAGAGACGACCUACAGUAUAUGAAGAGACGCCUGAAGGAGCUCAAACUGGAGCCCCCAGAGGGCUUCCUCCUUGCUAUCAUCCUGAAAAAGAUUGAGGAUGUGCUACCAGAAAUGCACGCGUUUGCCAGAAGGGACUACAAGCUCGGUACGCUUACCUGGGACAACCUUAUGGCAGAGAUCAAUUCGGCUAUCGUCACAGGUACAGGUAACAAGGCCUUUUCAUUCUUCAAGAAGACAGCUCAAACGUCGACCUCGUCGAAUGCUUCAGGAGGAGCUCAAGGGGGUGCGAGGCAGUGGCCUCGCGAGGACUCCCUGCCCUCCACAGGCAUCGUCAACAGCGUCAAGCUGCCUAAGUCGAUCAUCGAGAAGAUUUCCUACUGUUGCCAAUGCAAGAGAUAUCUUCUUACUGGCUGGAAAUACUGUAAGGAAUGUGGCAAGUGCCAUGGCACGUCUGUACGAGGCUGCAGGAACAACACUCAAGGCCAAGCAACCCAGCUAAUAUCGACGAACUCGUCGACCACGGCGGGACCAACAGUUUUUGGUGGAUCGAGCGUGGCCGGCAAACCAGCUACGGUCGCCAUCUCUGCCCUCGUCGAGAACGGAAAACUCUCGAGGGAUAGCAUUAUUGCUGAUACAGGCGCUUCAGAGACGCUCUUCAACGACCCCAAGUGGUUCCUGGAUCUGGUCCAACUAUGCGAAUAG